CAUUUACGUCUAUGGCCGGAAGAUUUGUAGAAGCCAUACAAGUCGAAUUACUCAGGUGAUAAUCAACGCUAAAAAGUUCAUUUUCAGUAGUAAUUACAAAUUAUGGACUAUUUUUGUGAAAGCUACGGCUUAAACAUAUCUUCUUACUCGAAUACAAUUGUAUCAUUUAAGAAUUAAAGCAAUAAUUUUCGUCUCGUGGGUGUAUCUUUCUUAGUCAGCCUAUCUAAAUCAAUUUUUAAUAUUAGAAAAUUAGAAUUUCUUGAAAAUGAAGAAGAUAAUCUCCAAACCUCAAUCUGGUUAUAGCGGGACAAACUUUACCGUUGGCAAAUAUGUGGUUACUGUUGAAGAUAUUAUUGCAGAAGGUGGCUUCUCGCUGGUAUUUCGCGUAAGAACUUCCAAUGGUCAGAAAUUCGCCUUGAAACGAAUGUAUGUUAAUAACGAACCAGAUUUAAAAAUUUGCAAACAAGAAAUUCAGAUAGCCUCUUCUUUAUCUGGCCAUAAAAAUAUUAUAAAAUAUGUUGACUCCAGUAUUCAACCUUGUGCAAAUGGUAUUUAUGAAGUACUCUUAUUAAUGCAAUAUUGCCCCACCAACGUCAUACAACAAAUGAAUGAUCGGUUAAACGUCGGAUUUUCGCCACAUGAUGUUUUAAAAAUUUUCUGCGACACUUGUGAAGCUGUUUCAAGAUUACAUCAUUGUCAAACUCCACUUAUACACAGAGACCUUAAAGUUGAAAAUAUUCUUUUCGAAGUACAAACUGGAAAUUAUGUCCUAUGUGAUUUUGGCAGUGCAACUGCUAGGAAAUUAAAUCCUGGUAAACAUGGAGUUCAGAAUGUAGAAGAUGAAUUGAAAAAGUAUACAACAUUAUCGUAUAGGUCCCCGGAAAUGAUAGAUUUAUACAAGGGGAAGUCUUUAACAACGAAGUGUGACAUAUGGGCUAUGGGAUGUUUAUUAUAUAAAUUGUGCUUUUUCACAUUACCGUUUGGUGAAUCUUCGUUAGCUAUACAAUCUGGCAAUUUCACAAUUCCUGACAAUUCUAGAUAUUCUAUGCAAAUGCACGCCUUGAUAAUGUAUAUGCUAGAACCUGACCCGGAUUUACGCCCUGAUAUCUUUCAAGUCUCUUCGUUGGCUUUUAAACUUUUCCAGCAGAGCUGUCCUGUUCAAAAUUUGCAUAAUAGCAAAGUACCAGCAAUUAACAGUUUACCAGUACCGCAAACAGAAAGCAUGCAAAGACAACAAAAAGAGAAUAGAGCGACAAGAGCGAAUAUUAGUCAUUCCUAUGCAAAGGUCGAAACGACGAGUGUUGCUCCACGUCAAAGACCUAAAGGUUCUCACGUACAACCGCCAUCGGGUGUAUUAAAUCCACCUACUUUCGAAGUUAGAAAAAAGGAAAGAAAUUGGGAAAAUGUUCAAGAGAAGACAACACCAGGAGAUAAUCAGACUACAGUACAGACAAACAUUGAAGUUCCUAUUGAAAAGCCACAAAUUUAUUCCACAUCUAAUGAUUUCGAUCCUAGUAUUACUGCUGAUGAAAAUUUAGAUACGGAAAGACUUGUUCCUAAAAUGUCUCAGCCUAUUUUACCGGCUGCAUUUAAAGGGCAUAGGAGGAAUGUUAGCGAUACUUCGGCGUUGAAUUUACAAGACGUUAAUAGGUCUUCAGCGUUUAAGUAAGUAAUACUAUUUUUUAUAUGUAAUAUACUGUCUCCAUCAUGUCAUAUGCAUUAAUAACAGAAUUUGUUAAGCAAACAAAAAAGGAAAAAAAUUAACAACAUUUUUAUUGUUUUCUUAUUUCUAUCCCAAAACUCAAUCGCCAUUAAUUUUUUCCUAAUAAUUUAAACAAAUGAUCAUUAUUUUAGUCUAUCAAAUGCUUAUUGAUAAUUCGAAUGAAUGGUUAAUUUCGAUAUGACAGGGUAUAUAAUAGCGAAGCGAGCAGAUUACAUAUUCCAUUACAGCAACAUAAAUCCGCAUUAUCUGUACUAGAAAAGCCGCCUUCUAGGCAAGUACAGUUUAUAUUAAUUGCUUGUUUUAUAUAUUAAAAAAUUCUAUCUUCACCCUUUUCGUUUGGCUUCAACGUAUUUAUUUUUUCACUUUUAACUUUUUCUAUAUUUAAAAUUUGCCUUCUUUUCAUAAUUUUCUCUAACAUAUUUAUACAUGUUCGUUAUGAUUAUAGUUUUUUUUCUAAAUCUUUUAAUGCUUUUAUUGUUAGUCUCUUUAAAAGAGAAAAAAAUACUUUCAUUUUCUCUCUCUCUAUCUUUCUUUCUUUCUAUUUUUAGCUAUAUUUAUCUUAGUUUUAUCUGUUUCUAAAAUAUUUUUUUCAGCCAAUUACUUUAUAAUUUCAUUUCUUUUCGAUAGUUUUAUAAUAUUUCUCCUAAUUUUUCAAUUAGUUAUUAAUAUUAAUAAAAGUUACUCUAAGCUGAUUUACUCUAGUCUCUUUUUUUUUCAUUUAUAUCAUUUAGAGUUUAUUGACUGUUACUUUACAGACCAUUGUCAGCUGAUAUGUCAGAUUGGAAUCCUUUUGGCAAUGAAAAUUCCGUUGAACUUAGCGAUGAAAAUGUAUUUGCUAAGGAAUUCGAUAGGAUAAGAAGAGGAUCUGAUAGCAGUAUUUCUGGGGUUAAAAGUCGAGAAGAUCUGGUUAUGUCCAAUCCAGAUAUCACAGAAGAAGAUCCAUUCGGUGCAGCACCCUUUAAAAAAGAAUUACUUGCACGGCAACAAGGACACAAAAUUUCAAAAAGUGCUAGUGAUGAGGAUGCUGAAGGUAUGCUCAUUUCACUGUGAAAUCAAUAAAUAAACUCGUUUCUGCUAUCUCCCAUACUGCUGGAACAUGUUAUAAAUGCAGUGUGGAAGUUGCUUUAAAUGAAAAUAUAAUUAGUAUAUCGAGCUGUUAUUAAAACAAAAUUAGAAUAUGGAAUUAAUAAAUCAUAUGUUAAUACAUUUGAUUUAUUGAAUUGGAAAAAUUCCUUUCAAACUGUUUUGAUUAUCUAUUUGAUUUUUUUCUUCUGUAUCUUUUUUUGUACUAAAAACAAAAAGGAAAAUAGACAAGAUGUUUUCUUUGAAAUUUUUUUUAAAGCGCUUCAUGGUGCUUUUUGCGCACAUAAACAUUCCAAUAGUUUCAUUCAUUGAUUUCCAUAUGACUGCACUUGACAUUAAAUGAACUAAAACAUUUUAUUAGGUAAUUUUACGUUAUAUUUUCUAAAUUUUACAGUCAUUAAUAAAAAGAUUUGCUAAAAAAACGGGAAAAAAUGAGCGUAAUUUGAAUUAAAUAGUGUAUUAAUAUGCUAUAUAUAUUAUAUAUUUAUUUAUAUAUAUAUAUAGCAUUCUAAUUUACAUACUGCUUUUUGCAUAAACUCAAAAAGGGAAACUAUGUCAACGAAGACAUUAAAAAAUAUUCAUGAUGAAACAGUUCCAUGCAGUGGCUUUAUCAUGCACAAUUUAACCAAGAUGCUUCAUAUUGUUGCUUGACUAAACAUAGUUUUAUUGCAAAUUAACUUCUUCGGACUUGGUUCACUGCUUAGAAACAAUCUUUUAGAGAUGAUGCUAAAGUCAGCCUAAUUGGUAACCAUCUCUCGCCAUGUUGUUUAAUAUUAUUUCGUAAUUGCAUAUAUUUAUAAAAUAUCUUUUAUAUAUUUACACUUGUAAAGUAUCUUUAACUGUGAAAAUGUCAGUUUAAUUAAGUUUUUCUACUAGGAGCAUUAUUUAUAAGUCUGUAAAAUGUAUAAGCAGUCCUACUUUUGUUCUUUUCUUUUCCUCUUGUUCAUUUCAAAAUCUGUAAAAAUGAAAAGGAGGAAAUAUUUCUUAUAUUAAUUAAAAAGAGUACCUUAGCAUUUUAUACUUGGAUAAGAAAGUAAACAAUUGACAUAUAUAUAUAUAUAUGUUUCUUUUUCUGACAACUAUUCCGCAGCAUGUUACAUAACGAUAGCUUCUAUUAAAUAAUAAUUCUUCUCAUGUUUAGUUUAUAGUUAACAUCUUUUUCUCUUUUUAGCAAUUUAGUAAAUGUAUCGUUUUCAUUUCUUUAGUGCUUUUUUGCAUGAAGCUUUAGCUGCUACUGAAAAAUUUUUGCAGUAUAUUGUAUUUUAUAGAUAAAAUUAGAAAUAGUCUUUUGCUAAUUUAAGCUUUAUUUAAAUUUUGUUCCUUUUUUCCUUUAUUAAAGUCGACUGUUGAUAGACAUUAAAAUUUUACACUAUUAACAUUUAAAUAAGAUUGUUCCCCCCAUAUUGUUUUUGUUAAAUAUUUACUAUUCACCUUACAAUAUAUGUUGUAUUUAGCUUAUUCUUUUUCGUCACUUUAUAUUUAAUAUUUACAUACAGGAAUAUCUUCAACAGUUUGUAGGCCUAAUGAACUACGUAAGUGUCUUUUGCCUAACAAAAAAUAUCUCUUAAUAAUAUUAAGCGAUCAAGUUUUCGCAUUAAUAUUUUACGUAUACACGUUUAUAGGUUUUAUUUUGACUUUACUUUUCAGGAUCGUAUAGAGAAGAGAAUAGUAAAAAAUUUCAUAGUCCAUUAGACGCUGAUUGGGUUACGUCAUUUGACAAUAAUGCAAUAUCAAUGGACGAAUUUGAAUUAAAUUCAAAGGGCUCAGAGACUGUUCAAAAUUGUUCAUUUGAUGUUAAUUCAGAAAUUAACAACGAUCCAUUUGCGUGCGCUCCCUUCUUGAGCAGGCAAGAGCGUAGAAGCAGAAAGGAGAAAAGUUUUAAGUCAGCUCCUAAUACUCCUAUGAAAAAUACAUAUUCUUUCCGCAGCUCAUCUCCAAUUAAUCAAUUAUGAAAGGAAGUAAAGCAGACAAAAAACAAACACAAAGAAUUUACUUGAAUUGUGUGAUGAUUAUUCGUUUUUAAAAUAGAUAAACAUUAUCAAGAAAUAAAAAACAAAACAAACAUAAUAUAAAGACAACAAGAAUUCUAUUGUAAGUCACAAAAAUUCAAUUUUUUGACGCUUUUUUUUAACGAAUAAAUGUUUUUUCCUUAAUUUUUUAUAUUAAUAUUUUGUAUCUAUAUAUUAGCAUUCUUUAUUUAUUUAUACUGUAUAUAGUUUAUAGAUCGUG